GCAGAUAUUUGAAGUGACUUGAAGUAAAAAUGUGUUAAAACUAAGUUGAAAUUUUAUACUUCAUUACAUCACCAAAAAAGGAUAAAUUCUAGUUCAGUGGAUGAGCAGCCAGUAUGAACAAAUGGAGAUAGAGACUGAAAAGUAAAGAGAAGAAUUUUCAAAAAGGCUUUGAUCAAACCAUCAACCAAAAAAAAGUCGCAAAAAUCCACUUGAUAAAGUUCAACAAAACCAUUAAUAUCAGAGUGGGUCACCACAUCAAAUCCACAUUAAAAUCAAACAACCCCUAAAAGGAGCACUAUCCUCUUCUUUUUCUAUCCCCUCAUUCCAUGUAUGCUAGAUCUUUGCUAAUCUCUUCUUUCUAAUCCUAGCUAUAUUAAGAUCUCACUGUUAGUAGUUAUUCAUAUAACUAUAUCCCCAUAUUAACCAAUCAGUACCUAAAUAAUGUACCCAAAUUUCCAAUUAUUUGAUUAAUUCUGACAAUUUUGGAUCGUCGUAUUUGUUCUGCAUUAAAAAAACACUGACGUGUAAAUUUUAUUUAUCCCAAUACCGUUUACCUUUAGUCAACGAUUUUUUUCCCACCAAAGUCCCCAAAUACACUCGUUUGCGUUUAAACCUUUCACUUGAAACUCUGUUUUAGACUCUUUUAUUUGUUAGACUUUUUUGUUUGUUUCGUCGUUGUUGUUUUUUGACCAAACCACCAUGCGAUUCGUCGCGCCACCGCCUCGUUCCGGCGAUAACUCACCGUCACCUUCACCAUCUUCCGGUAUAUCCGAAGAGAUUCUCUCCCGUUCUUCGGAUCCUCCUUUAGAGUUUAGUCCUCCAUUGAUCGCCAUGGUGGUGGUUCUAGCCGCCGCUUUUCUAUUCGUAACUUACUCUCGUCUCAUCUCCCGCCGUUUUCUUUCACCUCUAUUCCGUCGUUUUAGAAGGUGGCGAUGCCGUCGACGCCGUCUCCUUCACUUAUCUUCAGCUUCCUCUGCUUCAACUUCAUCCUCCGAUCUCCGAUCAUUUUCACCUUUCCCUUUCGACUCUUUUCAUUACUCUUCUUACUCACCUUACGGAUUAGACGAUUCCGUUAUCAAAACUUUACCGCUGUUUCUCUACUCCGCCGCUGCUUGCACCGGAAAACCCGCGGUGGGGAAAACCUCCGCCGCCAAUUGCAGAGAUUGUGCUGUUUGUUUGUUGGAAUUCGAAGAAGGUGAUUAUGUACGAACACUUCCGUUAUGCUUCCAUGCUUUUCACCUUGAAUGCAUCGAUGAAUGGCUCCGAUCUCACCCUAACUGUCCGUUAUGCCGUACGGCGAUUCUCGGAUCCGCCGGAGUUUUAACGCCUAUGUCGCCGUUCGUUCCGUUAAUGGCUCCUCGAAUUCGUCCGAGUCUCGAUGAUGAAGAGAAUAACGCGAUCAUCAUCCGCGGCGAAAUCACACCGUCGCGGAGCAAUUGGAACACAAUCGCUGCCGAUACGACGAACGAUCAGGAGAUCAGAGCGUCGGUGGAAGAGCAAUCAUCACCGGCGAUUUCUCGGUUCCGGGAGCUGAAGAGAUCGUACUCGUUCGAAUGCGAGAGAGAAUCUGAAUCAGAGAGAGUAACGAUGGAGCCAGCGACGGUGUCUCCAUGGAGAUACCGGAGAUCUACAUGGAACAAACGUCAAUCACCGUUCGGAAACCUAAUAUCGAAAUCAAGAGUGUUCUCGUUCCGUUACUACAGAAGCACGAAAUCACCGUUCUUCCGACGGAGAUCAUCGGCGGGAGUGUUUUACCCGAUAUCAGAACGGAUUCCAGCGACGGGAAGCUCAUCGCGGCGAACGAAAUCGAUGACGAGUCCGAUGUUCUUCAGAACAGCACCGCACUCAUCGAGCCGGUUAAGAUGCGGAGAUCCAGAGGCACUGUUAUCGCCGGAGAGAUGGAGAAGAAGAGACACGUGUAGGGCAGAGAUGUAAGAUGAAAUUUGGACGGUGGUGAUGAUAAAAAGAAAUAUUGAAGUGGAAGGAGAGAGCAUUAAUGGAAUGUGGGGUUUAAGCAUUUAAUGGAAUUAAAAUGAACGAAACAGAAGAAGAUAGAGAGAUUCAGAAAUUGCUCAGCUGCUCACAUUCACAACAAGGAUACACACUUUCUUAUAUUACUAUGGGUCUCAGACAAAAGACGCCAAGACGAUGAAGGUUUUGGAGCCUGUACGACGGCGUUUUGGCUGAUGAUUCGUUUUUUCCUCUCUUUGGAGUUAUCAAAAUGCAUUAACUUCAAAAGCUGCCAAAGUUAUCAUAGAAACGAAAGUCAACAACACAUUGAAUUUCGUUUCUAUAAUAACUUUACAUCGUCGGUGGCUUUACUGUUUUCUGUUACCGAAUUUUAUGUUCAAACUUUUAGCUGUCGAUUUAAUUUUUGACCAAAUUUUUUUGAUGAUUUAUUACAUAUUGAUGAAUAACGUUAACCAACUGAGAUUGAGAAGAUCUGGAUCAAUUGCGGCCCUGUAAGAAUAAAUAUUAUGGGCUUUUUAGUAUA